GCUAACACGAUAAUUUUGUCGAUAAAUCGAUGAUCAUGGCCAAUGUGGAUGAGACUGAAUCGAUGAAAAUUCAAUUCAAGAAGAAACAACGCAAACCUAUGAGGAAACGAGAUGUCUCGGAUGACAGCUAUAGUGACAAUGAAGAUUCCGUUGUCAGAUCAAAAUUAGAUGAACUGAAAACUAUUCAAAAGCUGCGAAACCGAUCGAAAGGUGUAAAUGUUGUUGGUUUGGCAUUAGGUGAAACUGCAAUCAAUACAAUAACGUCGGAUCCAUUUAAUGUUAAAGCCGGAGGAAUGGUUAAUAUGGCUGCAUUAAAAAAUAAUAAAUUAAAACAGGAUGAUGCAUACGAUACAGGUAUUGGCACACAAUUUAAUGCAGAGACCAACAAACGAGACGAAGACGAGGAAAUGGUUAAGUAUAUCGAAGAGGAACUUUCGAAACGAAAGAAUAAAAAUACAAGCGAAAAGGAUGAUAAUAUAUAUAAGAGAAAAGGAUCAUAUUGUUCACCAGAAGAAGCUGCUCUUCAAGCAGUUCCAGAACACCUAAGGCAAAGUUCUACGCAUAAAAGUGAGGAAAUGCUGUCAAAUCAAAUGCUUUCAGGUAUCCCUGAAGUAGAUCUUGGAAUUGAAGCUAAAAUACGUAAUAUCGAAGCUACAGAAGAAGCUAAAUUAAAGCUUUUAUGGGAUAGACAUAGGAAAAAGGAUGGCCCUUCACAAUUUGUACCGACCAAUAUGGCUGUAAAUUUUGUGCAACAUAAUAGAUUUAACAUUGAAGAUACGGACGCACAAAAGAAAAAACAAGAAAUAGCUGCACAAAAACAAGUUACACAUAUACCACAUACUAAAGAAAAGCGAAAAGACAAUGAAAAAGCUACCGAUGACUACCAUUACGAACGCUUUAAAAAGCAAUUCAGACGUUUUUAAUAUUAUACCGAGACUGUGAUGUAACUGUAUAUAAUAUAAUAAA